AUGACACACAUUACAGUCAUCCCUCCCUCGUCUCCACCUGCGCAUUCCAACGCAGCGUGGAAUCUCGCACCACAUCUCGAAUCCGAAAUCACCUCUCUUGCGGCUAUAUGCGAGGUCAAGCAACCACAAAGGCAGCCACUCGACACUCUGGGAGAAGAUGAAGGUGAUGAAGAGUCGGACGACAACGAAGAGAGCAAAGAUGUCGGCCCCUCAACGAACCGCACCGCGUCCCUUGCCCCCAGUAACAACGAGGACGGCAUGAAAAGACGAUUCCUGGACACCCUGGCCGAGAUACUAUGCUACAAGAAGCGUGCAAUGUAUGUUACAUGA